AAUCACUAAAAAAACAACCCUAAAAAAACAGAAAUUAUCAAUGUCCAACACAAGUGAUCAAAAUUCAGAUGAUGAAGAAAUCGACGAACUUUAUAAUCAUCGAAAACUUGGCCAAAUGCAGAAUCUUAAAAAAAUCGAACCCGUUGUAAAAGCUAAACCGAAAAAACAGAAAUUUCAGUCGCAAUUAUUAAAACUGGAACAAGAGUAUAAUGGUUUAUUCACCGCGAUCAAUGAAAACUGCAUACGCAUAAAAAAAUCAGAUGGGGGACAUUUUUGCAUAAAAACACCACCAAUCAAAACAGCAAGUGACUAUUUGGUUAUUCAAAAAUACAAAACUUCUGAUAUGGAAAAAGUCGAGUCAAAAGACAGGUAACUCUUCUUAUUUUGUAUAAACAGGGUAUAAUAAGUUUUGCACUAGGUAUCAUUCAUAUGAA